UGGUAGUAAAUGGGAAUCAGCAGUACAGAUUCUAGAGGUAUUUUUAGAAAUCCAUGAAGCAGUGGGAAGGAAUGGAGUCAACCCGUGGAAUAUUUUCAGCUGAAUUUACUUGCUCUGGCGUCUUUUGUUAAUUGUCAUUCAAAGGUAAGGCAGCUUCGUCUUCAUCGCCAUUGUGCUCUCCUCCUUAUCCUAAAUCUUCUCCUUUUUAGAGUUGAAACUGUGUGGAAGAGGCUGCUUCCUUGCUUUUUCGUUUCUUGCAUUUCCUCUUCCUUUCCGAUGCGUGGUGAGCCGUCCUUCUACCUGCCCUAAGCUCUUCCUUCUGAGCUUUUAACUUCUCAGCUCCAGCUUUUGUUUCUCUACCGCAUUGGGUGCGCUCAUCUAUUAUUCUCUGGCUAUUCUUGUUAAUUUUCUGCUUCCAAGUGAAGAUAGCUCCCAGGAUCAUCGAGAUCUUUGCUAAAGUUUUCGCAUUUUGGUAUUUUUCUUGUUCAUCAAGAUAGUUUUGGCUGUUUAUUUGUUGGGUUUUGCUUGGAUUUGGUUUCUUCAUUUUUUUUAAAGGAUUUUAGUGAAAAUCAGCUGAAAUUCAGAUGCCCUGAUUCAUUAAAAAAAAGGGGGCUUUCCGGUCGGGAAUUUCGAAAUUUGAAAUUCUAGGGUUUUUAGUUUGCUCUUGUUUGCAUCGAAUCUGCCCAGAUGGGUGGUAUAUUCAGCAAGAAGAGAGAUGAUGAAGCCCCAUCAGUACGUAUCAAUUCACAGUACGCGGCUGAUCUGAGCUCGUAUGAGGCAGCAUGCCGACUCGAUCCGGACUUGCAGUCCUUCGAUACCAACAUUCAGGAGCGCACUAAUCGUGUAAUCAAUACGCUUGCUGUGGGAGUUGAGGUUGGAGUCGAGGUGCGAUCUCUAUCUUUCGAUUCGCUCAGAGAGGUCACCGAUUGCUUACUUGAAAUGAAUCAAGAAGUAGUCAAAGUAAUUCUGGAGUGUAAGAAAGAUAUUUGGAAGUGUAAAGAGCUUUUUGAUCUGGUUGAGGAAUAUUUUGAUAACAGUCUCCGGACUUUAGAGUUCUGUACUGUACUUGACAAAUGCCUGAAGCGAGCUCGGGAUUCUCAAUUGAUAGUUCAGGUCGCAUUACAGCGUUUUGAGGAAGAGGAAAAGGAUGGAGUUGGCGAGAAUAAGCAUUUGAAGACAUUACAGGAAUUGAGGAAUUUUAAGGCUGCAGGCAAGCCAUUUUCCGACGAUUUUUUUGAGCUGUUUCAAUCAGUUUAUAGUGGACAAAAAUUGAUGUUAGAGAAAUUGCGACAGCGCAAACGGAAGCUUGAUAAGAAGUUGAAAUCAUUGCAAGGAUGGAGGAAGGUUUCAACUAUAGUAUUUGUUUCUGCAUUUGUCUCAGUUUUGAUAUUCUCAGUGGUGGCGGCUGCCAUUGCAGCACCACCCGUUGUGACUGCUUUGGCAGGCGCUUUGGCUGUUCCAAUAGGCUCAAUGGGUAAAUGGUUUGAUUCCAUAUGGAAGAAGUAUGAGAAGGAGCUGAAAGGACGGAGGGAGAUAAUUAGCUCAAUGCAGGUUGGCUCUCUUAUUGCAAUCAAGGACUUGGAGGACAUUCGGGUUCUUGUCGAAAAAUUGGAAAUUGAUAUUGAGUCACUAUUGCAAAAUGCUGAUUUUGCUAUUCAGGAAGAGGAUGCAGUAAAACUUGUAAUAGAAGAGAUCAAGAAGAAACUGCAUGGGUUUAUGGAAACCAUUGAAAUGUUGGGUCAAAAUACUGAUAAGUGUAGCAGGGAUAUAAGGAGAGCAAGAACAGUGAUUUUGCAGAGGAUAAUCAGACAUCCCAACAGCAACAACUGAAUUAUACCCUUGGUUUAUUGAGAUGCAUCACCGGAUUGAGCAUUAAGAAGUGGUGACCGUACAGACUCUGGGAGAUUCUUAUAUUUGAUCCCGAUCCAGUAUUUCAAUGCUUAACUCCACAGUUAUUGUAUUUCCCCCAUCCCCGUCCCCACACCAAAAAAACAAAACAACAACAAAGAGUUUGUACACACUGUUUUUGCUGAGCAGAUGAAGAGUAGAGCCUGAGAAUCCAGGUCUCGUAUAGAGGUGAAAUUCUUUGUUUUCCAGCUUUAGAAAAAAUGGAGUUUUGCUGCAUCAGUCAGUCGUUUGGUCUUCCUGGCUAAAAUGAUGGGGUGAUUUUGGACCUGGUCCAUAGGAAAUGGAUGGUGCUGUUUAAGAAUGUAACAGGAUCAGAAUUAAACAUAGACUUCCAGUUGCUUGUAGUUAGUAUAGGGUAUAGAGUGUAGAACUGUUCUAUAGUGUGGAAGAUUUUUUUCAGGAUAAAAUCGGCGUGUUGCAAGUGUUAGACGCCCAAGGGAAAAGGUCAGUGGCAAUCAUUUUCUUUCCAUCAAAUUGUCUGUGCAAGUUUUUCCAUUUUCAAGAGAUGCAGUAGUCUCUUUUUAAUAGGACGAGCUAGGGCUAUGGUUCCGAGAAGCUUGAUAUAUUGUUGGCCCCUACCUAAAAUCUCAGCUUUUAGCUCAACUGCAGCUUGUGCUCUUUUUCAGCUAUGAACUAGUCCCUAUGAAUCAACAAUAUCCCAUGGAACUUUGAAAUAAAUUUGGAGGUCUUUUUAUUUCUUUACUUUUUCAAAAAAGGAAAUAAAAAAAAAAGUUGUAAUUUUUGCAUGGUUGAAGUAUGAAACUAUGCUUCAGUUAUGGUCCAAAAACGACAUUUAAUUAGAACACAUGAAAGGAUACGGAAGUGCCAGGCCAUAAAUACAAUACAAAGCCAACCCCCCUACAAAUGGAGGCAUAGGGGCUGAAUUAGAAUUGUGAUAUUGGCAUUGACUCUCCUCCGGAACAAAGACAAGUGCGUGUGGUCUCAUACUCAUACUCAAAAACCGCAGAAUGGGCUUAAGUAAGAGCCAAGUGGUAAAUGAAAGUGACUUGAGGCAAUAUGCCACAACUCAAUAACUGCAAAUAUACUCUGGGCAGUGGGGCAUCACAUGUGUUGACAUGAAAGCUUGCUGCUUUUAGCCUCUCACUUUCGAUGCUUGUUAUUUUAUUUAUCUUCAUUUUCAUUUUCUUGGUCCUCCAAAAAGUUGGUCAUGGGGGAGGGGGGCAUGAUUAUAAAUAUUGGUUUAAUCAUGAAUAAUUGUGUAGGA